AAGAUGUGGUGUCUCCUCCUGCUGCUCUGCUCCCAGGGAAUUGCUUUCUCAGCAGGAUCCACAACGCCCUUCACUCCAAAUUCGGACAAACGUCAGUACAGGAAAACUCCCAACCCCGAAUGCUUUAUGAAUGUUAGUGAGAUUAUCAGAUAUCAUGGAUACCCCAGUGAGGAAUAUCAAGUUACGACAAAGGAUGGAUACAUUCUUGGUGUUUACAGAAUUCCAGCUGGGAGGCACAGACAAAAUACAGGGCAAAAACCUGUAGUCUUCCUACAGCAUGCUUUUCUAGGAGAUGCAACCCACUGGAUAUCCAACCUGCACAACAACAGCUUGGGCUUCCUCCUCGCAGAUGCUGGUUAUGAUGUCUGGAUAGGAAACAGCCGAGGGAACACCUGGUCUUUAAAACAUAAGACCCUUAAGCCCAGCCAGAAAGAAUUCUGGCAGUUCAGUUUUGAUGAAAUGGGUAAAUAUGAUAUUCCAGCAGAGUUGUAUUUCAUCAUGAAUAAAACUGGACAGAAGCAUGUGCACUAUGUUGGUCACUCCGAAGGCUCCACAUCAGGCUUCAUAGCAUUUUCUACAUACCCAGAACUGGCUAAACGGGUGAAACUAUUCUGUGCUCUGGGCCCAGUAACCAGAUGUUCACAUGCUACAAGUCCUCUGGUUAAGAUAGCAAAGCUUCCUGAGCCACUUCUCCGGUUAAUAUUUGGCUGCAAAGGAGCCCUGCACCAAAUCGAAUUUCUGAAAGGACCUGUGACAAAAUUUUGUGCAACCCUGGAUAAGUUUUGUGGCCACGUGCUCUGUUACAUAGCUGGAGGCAACAUAAAAAAUCUGAACACGAGUCGAAUAGAUACAUACGUAGCACAUUCACCUGCUGGAACUUCAGUUCAGAACAUUCUUCACUGGCAUCAGCUGGCAUAUGCAGACCGAUUUCAAGCUUAUGACUAUGGCUGUCAGGAAAACAUGAAGAAAUACAACCAGUCUACUCCUCCUGCAUACAAGAUAGAGAAGAUAAGCACCCCAACUGCUGUUUGGAGUGGUGGAGAGGACAAAUUUGCAGAUCCAAAAGACAUGGCAAAGCUGCUUCCUCAGAUUACUAAUCUCAUUUACCAUGAGCAUUUUCCUACUUGGGGACACCUUGAUUUCAUCUGGGGCCUUGAUGCAACUGAGAAAAUGUAUCAUAAAAUCAUUGAAAUCAUGACAAGAUACCUUUGAAAUCACACGUGGAGUGUCAAUUCGCUCAGGAAAAACCUCAAAAAAUUCUGUUUGGCAAUAAGAGUGAACCUGGGGAAGCAAUAAACAUUCAGACAUACAUAAUGGAUACCAGUAUAGCUAUUCAUCUGUUCUUGUUUUUUUUUUUUUUUCUCAUAUUUUGAGGUUUUGCAAGGUGUUACUGUGACUGUUGUCUUGCUCAGAAAUUGGAGGUGUAGAGGAAUGAAAGCUGAAAAUAUGGGCAUAUUUGAACACACACUUCAGGAAUCAUUUAAUCUGAUCAGCUGUUAUUUCUACAAGACUGAUUUUCCUGAGCCUAA